AUGGUGCCAGAAAACACACUCAGGGACAGGGUUUUGGGGAAAGUUGACCCAGAAACAGUUGUAAUGGGGAAGGUCCCAUUGUUUGAUGAGUUUGAAGAGGCCCAAAUUGUAAACCAUUUCAAAGCCAUGGCUGAUUUAAGUUAUGGUUAUACACAGCAGGAGUGUAUUGAUGUUGCUUCACAGUUUGCUGUGCAGUUGGGUAAGAGGACAGUUGACACACCCCUCUCCAUGAUGUGGAUGAAAGGGUUUCUAAAGAGAUGGCCAGAAAUGAGGGUUGUUAAACCAAGAGCACUUGAUCAUGUGAGGGCCAAAAUGGCGAGUGAAAAGAUGGUGUCUAACUUCUUUGAAAAUUACCAGAAAUGUUUACAGAAGCAUGAUCUCCAAGAUAAGCCCCAUUUGCUUUACAAUAUUGAUGAGAAGGGUGUAUCAAUUGAUCACAAGCCUGCAUACAUAGUAGCUAGUUCUAACUAUCCUGCGCAAGCUGUGACCUCUGGCAAAGGUAAAACAGUUACAAUCAUUGGCGCUGGCAGUGCAAGUGGUACAGCAGUUCCACCAUUCUUUGUUUUCCCGGGCAAGCGGAUGAACAGUGACUUGUGGAAAGGGGCAUCACCAGGAGCCAGUGGAACAAUGUCAGAAAGUGGUUGGUCUAACACCCAGGUUUUCAUUAAGUAUCUGACCAAACACUUCAUACAAUUUAUGCCUGGCAGGUGUGAAUCCAAAAUUCUGUUGCUUUUAGAUGGACAUAGGUCCCAUGUAUCAUUAAUUCUGGCAGAGUGGGCAAAGGAGAAUGGUUUAAUUUUGUAUGUUUUACCAGCCCACACAAGCCACCUGCUCCAACCUCUAGAUGUAGCCUGUUAUGGUCCGUUCCAACGGAUGUACCAUACGCGAUGCCACAAAAUUAUCCGUGAGACAUCAGCUGCCAUCACUCAGUAUAAUGUUUGUGAUAUCGUCUGCCACGUUUAUCACAAAGCAUUGUCAGCAGAAAACCUUCAAGUUGGCUUUCGCAAAACAGGACUGUUCCCCCUAAAUAAGGAUGCAAUUCCCAGGGAAACACCUAGUCCAGUAGCAGGCCCAUCUUGUGUUGACAGAGCAGUGGACUGUUCCAGUAACAGCAGUGACAGUGAUGAGGCCUCUGAUGAAAAAUGUUGUGUUUGUCACAGAUUCCAACCAAAGGAACUGUCCGGCUGUAUUUCUCUGGCAUUUGUUAAGUGGGUGCAGUGUGAUGGUUUAAAAAAUGGCAUCCCAUGCAAGCACUGGACACACCUAACAUUCUGCACACCUGUAAGGUGUGUCAGAAGGGGUGACAAAUUCCUGUGCUGCCAUUGCAAUAGCAAUGAAGAAUAG